AUGCUCAGACUUACUCAACGUCUUCCUCAACUUGUUGCUCGUUCCUCUCUCUCCAAUGUUGCUCGUCAAGCUGCCAAGCGUAACUACGCUGCUUUGACCUACUCUUCUCCUACUGCUCACGAAGCUCCUACUUCAUUGCAAGCCUUCACCGAGGAGGAAUUAAUGCUCAAGGACACUGUCGCUAGAUUCGCUCGUGAGGUUGUUCAACCCAAGGUUCAAGAGAUGGAUGAAGCCGAGGUCAUGGACAAGUCCAUCAUCAAUGCCAUGUUUGAGAAUGGCUUGAUGGGUCUCGAAACUCCUGGUGAAUACGGAGGUGCUGAAUGUUCCUUCACUGCUGCUAUCUUGGCUGUUGAAGAGCUCGCCAAGAUUGACCCCUCCAUCAGUGCCUUGUGUGAUAUUCAUAACACUUUGACCAACACUGUGAUCCGCAAAUACGCCACCCCUGAGCUCAAGGAAAAGUAUCUCACUCGUCUUGCCACUGACACUGUUGGUAGCUUCUGUAUCUCUGAAGCUGGUGCUGGUUCCGACGCUUUUGCUCUCCAAACUCGUGCUGAAGAUAAGGGCGAUCACUACAUUUUGAACGGUGGCAAGAUGUGGAUCUCCAACUCUGCCGAAGCCGAGAUUUUUGUUAUCUUCGCCAAUGUUGAUCCUUCCAAGGGAUACAAGGGCAUCACUGCCUUCAUUGUUGAGAAGGAGUGGGGUGUUGAGAUUGCAAAGAAGGAAAAGAAGCUCGGUAUCCGCUCUUCUUCUACCUGUGUCCUCAACUUUGACGAUGUCAGAAUCCCCAAGGAAAAUGUCCUUGGUAAAGUUGGUGAAGGUUACAAGUAUGCCAUUGACUCCUUGAACGAAGGUCGUAUCGGUAUCGCUGCUCAAAUGAUCGGUUGUGCUCAAGGUGCUUAUGACAUUGCCUUGCCUUACAUGAUGGAGCGCAAGCAAUUCGGUCAAGCCAUUGGUACAUUCCAAGCCAUGCAACAUCAAUUUGCCGAAGUUGCUGUCGAGAUUGAAGCUGCCAAGCUCUUGACUUACAACGCUGCUCGUUUGAAGGAAGAGAACAAGCCUUUUGUCAUGGAGGCUGCUAUGGCCAAGUGGUUGGCUGCCAAGGUUGCUGAAAAGGCCAGCUCAUAUGCUGUUGAAUGGAUGGGUGGUAAUGGCUUCGUCCGUGAAACUGGUGUCGAAAAGUUCUACCGUGAUGCAAAGAUUGGUUCCAUCUACGAAGGUACCAACAACAUCCAACUUCAAACCAUUGCCAAGAUUAUCAGCACCAAGUACAAAUAG